CCUAAAAAAAUUGUUAUCACAUCACUUUCUAAGAAAUACUAUUUAUUAUGAAAGAGAUUAAAGGAUGUUGUCAAUAUUGUAACAUUCCUUUGAUCAGAUUUGGCAAAGCCUCAGGAAAAGCAUUGACCUCGCCAGGAGAUGGCAGUAAUGCAACACCAAGCUGCCGUUAAACCUCAAAGAAGAAGAAGAAGAAGAAGUCAUGGCCAAGAUGGCAGCCUCCAUGGUGGAGAGUGGAGAAGAUGCAUUUAGAAAACUGUUCAAGUUUUACAAGAGGAGAAACCCUCCGCCAGAUUUCACUGAUGUUAUUGACUUCUCCAAAGCUGCACCGAGUGACAAGAUAGUUCCAGCUGAGUUGGACCCUGCUGCAGUGAGUGAUGUGGAGGCUGCGAGGGUUGGAUUAAAGCCUGUCAGAGACUGGAGAGUCUACGGCUUGCAGGGCUACCCAGGGUUCAUCUUCAUCUCUAACCCGUUCCUGCUGGGCUCCCAACCCUUCUGGGUCAGACAGUGUUUGAAAACCUACCCUCAGAAGCCCAAUGUCUGCAACCUGGACAUGCACAUGUCUCCCUCUGACACCCAGGACAUCUGGGACAAGAGUGUACAUGGCCUCGGUUUUCCUCCUUCUGGGAAGAGAGGACCCAAGACUCUACUGGAGCGGCUGCGCUGGGUCACUCUGGGAUAUCAUUACAACUGGGAUACCAAGACUUACUCUGCCAACCAUUACACUCCUUUCCCAGCUGAUCUCCACUUGCUGUCCUCGCAAAUAACAGCUGCGUGUGGGUUCCGGGGGUUCAACGCAGAGGCUGGAAUCCUCAACUACUACCGAUCUGAUUCAUCGCUGGGAAUCCAUGUGGAUGAAUCGGAACUAGAUCACAGCCGACCGCUGCUGUCAUUCAGUUUUGGGCAGUCAGCCAUCUUCCUCCUGGGAGGCAUCCGCAGACAGGACCCCCCCACUGCUAUGUACAUGCACAGUGGGGACAUGAUGGUGAUGUCAGGACAGAGCCGCCUCCUUUACCAUGCUGUCCCACGCAUUGUUCCAGCACCACAGGGACAUAUCGCUUUAGAGAUGGAAAGCUGCAGCCUGGCCUCAGCCCUGCAGGACAACACUGUGGUGGAGCCAGUGUCAGAGGAGGACUGGGCGGUAUGCUCCAGGUACAUCCAGAGCUCCAGAGUGAAUAUGACUGUCAGACAGGUCCUGGGGCCUGGGCAGAGAUUUCCAGAAACACCCUCUUCUCACCAGAGGACCAGUGCAGGCCGGACAGUGGGGUACCAUGAGGGAGCAGCAGAUAGAGGGAAUGGGAAGAGGAGACGUAGCUGUGACUCUGAUGAUACUGUAGAGACAUGAAACAAACCACCUGCUGCAACUCUCACAUUUGAAGUGUGAAUAUGUACGUCUGUAAGUAGUGCGGUGACACUUCAUUCAUUGUUGUCACCGUGCACUCUAGCAGAAUGAAGCAGAAAUGAAACAAUGUUGGUUUUAAGUUAUUUGGAGGAGGUCAGGCGCGCUUUUGUGAUAGGCGCUGAGCCAGGUGUCAGGCAAUCCAUUCAACAAGACCCCCUUUUUUAAGACAAAAAUCCGCCCAGCAAGUUGAAAGGUCAGCUGACUCUUCCUGCUCACUAGCCAGGCAAAAGCUACAAGUAGGAGCAGCUGUUUGCUAGUCUCUUCACAAAAAGGGAUUUAUAAACGAAUGGCCUCAGUUUUUGGGACUGCUUUCCUUGACCUGGGAGGCGCUGUGCUUAUUGAGAAGUCCUCCAGCCUGUCUAACAAAUUUACAUUUUGAGAUCGGUAGAUAAAUUAUUUUAAUAGCAGGUGUAAAUGCAAAGAGCCAUAUAUUGGAUUUCAUAAUACAUAUACAGAUCACACGUUUAUACCAGGUGUAAAUGCAAAGAGCCAUAGAUUGGAUGUCAUUAUACAGAUACAGAUCACACGUUUAUACCAGGUGUAAAUGGGGCAGGUGAAGAUUAUUAUUCUCAGGUGUGUUUUAUCACAUGACAUCAAGAAGAGAUAUCAAGACUGAGCCUGCUUUUUGACUGCUCAGAGAAGGCUUCCUGUGUGGCAAUGUGAGGUGAGAGGUAUGGUCACGUUCCUAAUCAAGGCCAAUUUAAACUUCUGUGUCGAGUAGUAGCCUACUGUGUGGAUUUUCUUUUUCUUCAUUGGUGUAGGCUACAAACCAUGGUGACUGAAACGUUGGAGCAGACUGAUGUUGAACGGCAGUUACUUUUGGUGAAAUUACUAACAUGCAGAAACGAGAGAAUUUGUAAAAUGGCGACGAAGAAGGAUAAGCUGGAAAAAGCAUAGCGAGACACGACGCAGAUGUAUAAAUUGGCCUUCAUCUCUCACCUGUUUGACUAGUUUUAAAAAGGCAAUCCAUUUUAGAGUUCUCUUUCUAGAUAAUCUAUUCAUUAAAGGGCUCAUAAUGUGCUUAUGAGAUCAUUUA